AUGCUGCCCGAGGAGGACACUGCACGGCGCCGUCUUGACUUUUGCCUUCGGUGUAUCGACGCCGCGGCGCAGGUGCGAGACUGCUGGGCGGUCGCGUUCGGCGACGCGCACAGCGCGGACAGCCGAGUGGUGGCGGCCGGGUACGACAACGGCGACGUGAAGCUGCUCGACCUGGUCGCCGGCAAGCUGCGCUUCGAGACCAAUGUGAGCAACGGCGUCUGCGGG